AUGAUGGUCCUCAAACUCACUGUGCUGGUGGUGGAGGAGGUGGAGGUGGCGGCGGAGGAGGGGGUGGGGGUGGAGAUGGAGCGAGGUGGUGGUGGUGAUGGAGUGGCACAAUGUUUUGGAGCAGGUGCAGGGACUGGAGCAGGGCCUGGUGCCGGCACAGGUGCAGGGAUGGGAGCAGGGACGGGGGCAGGGCUGAGUGCAGGUCCGGGAGCAGGCACGGGGGCAGGGCUGGGAGCAGGCACGGGGGUGGGGCUGGGAGCAGGCACGGGCGCAGGGCUGGGGGCAGGCACGGGCGCAGGGCUGGGGGCAGGCACGGGCGCAGGGCUGGGGGCAGGCACGGGGGCAGGGCUGGGUGCAGGCACGGGGGCAGGACUGGGAGCAGGCACGGGGGCAGGGCUGGGAGCAGGCACAGGGGCAGGACUGGGUGCCGACUCUGGUGCCUGA